AGGUGUAAUCUGAAGGAGGAAGAUGAGCUCCAAAAUGAGUGUCUCUGGGGAACAGGACACACAGGAAGCUGAGAGACUGGAUCAGAAUAAGAGAUCAGAUUCACCUGAACCCAGCUGUGUCUCCAUGAAGAGUGACCGGUCAAUGGAUGAAUUUAGACACUUCAGAGAUGACAACAGUUCUGCUGAUCUCAGAGUCCAGAAGGAGACUCCAGAAAUCAGCAGGAGAAAUAUGGACUCCAUAUUAAAGGAACUGGAGCACAAAGUCAUCUCUCUGGUAAAGAAUCAGCUGAAGAGGUUUGUGAAGAUCCUGAAGAAUCUGGAUUACCCAGCAUGCUCUGGGAGAGAGGAGGAGGAUGAGGAGGAUCAGAGUGGUGUCAGAGAGGGAGCGCUGAAGAUCACACUGCACGUCCUGAGAAACAUGAACCAGACAGACCUCGCUAACAAACUGCAGACCAAACUGGCUCCAUCCUGCCAACGAAAGCUGAAAUCUACUCUAAAGGAGAAAUUUCAGAGAAUUAAUGAAGGAAUUUCAAAUCCUGGAACCUCAACCCUUCUGAAUGAGAUCUACACAGAGCUGUACAUCACAGAGGGAGGGAGUGGAGAGGUCAAUAAUGAACAUGAGGUCAGACAGAUUGAAGCAGCAUCCAGGAGACCAGCAACACAGGAGACACCCAUCAAAUGUAACGACCUCUUUAAAGACCAGUCCAUCAGAACUGUGCUGACUAAAGGAGUUGCUGGAAUUGGAAAAACAGUCUCUGUGCAGAAGUUCAUUCUGGACUGGACUGAAGGAAAAGCCAAUCAGGAUGUUCUCUUCAUAUUUCCACUUCCUUUUAGAGAACUGAAUCUGAUGAAAACAGAAAAAAUCAGUCUGGAGGAUCUUCUUCAUCAGUUUUUCAAAGACACAAAGGACUUAAAACCAGGAGAUUAUCAUCAGUACAGAGUCAUGUUUAUCUUUGAUGGUCUGGAUGAAUGUCGACUUCCUCUAGAUUUCCAGAACAAUAAGAGAGUAUCUGAUGUAACACAGUCAGCCUCAGUGGAUGUGCUGCUGACAAACCUCAUCCAGGGGAACCUGCUUCCCUCUGCUCUCGUAUGGAUAACUACUCGACCAGCAGCAGCCAAUCAGAUCCCUCCUGACUGUAUUGAUCAGAUAACAGAGGUACGAUGGUUCAGUGACCCUCAGAAAGAGGAAUACUUCAGGAAAAGGAUCAGAGAUCAGAGCCUUGCUGAAAGAAUCAUUACACACAUGAAGUCCUCCAGAAGCCUCUACAUCAUGUGCCACAUCCCAGUCUUCUGCUGGAUCUCAGCCACUGUUCUAGAGAGGAUGUUGGGUGAAGCAGAGGGAGGAGAGAUCCCCAAGACUCUGACUCAAAUGUUCACACACUUCCUUAUCGUUCAGAUCAAACACCGCAGCCAGAAGUACCAAAGAAAAAGUGAUGUUGAUCUUGACCAGACUAGAGAGAUUAUUCUGGCUCUGGGAAAACUGGCUUUCCAACAGCUGGAGAAAGGAAACCUGAUCUUCUAUGAGGAAGAUCUGAGAGAGUGCAGCAUUGAUGUCAGAGAAGUGUCCGUGUACUCAGGAGUGUGCACCCAGAUCUUCAGACAGGAGGAAAACCUGGGGAAGGUUUUCAGCUUUGUGCAUCUGAGUGUUCAGGAGUUUCUGGCUGCUUUACAUGCGUUUCUGUCCUUCAUCUCCAACAACAGAAAUGUGCUGCAACAGAAACACAGUGGAUUUGGUUUCUCCAAAAAAGGAACAAUGUCUGACUUCCUGAAGAGAGCCGUGGACAAGGCCUUACAGUGUGAGAACGGACACCUGGACCUUUUCCUCCGAUUCCUUCUGGGUCUCUCACUGGAGUCCAAUCAGACUCUCUUACAAGGUCUUCUGAUACAGACAGAGAACAUCUCUCACAGUAAAGAGAAAGUAGUGGAGUACAUCAAGCAGAAGAUCAGGGAGAAUCCCUCUCCAGAGAAAACUAUCAGUCUGUUCCACUGUCUGAAUGAACUGAAUGAUCAUUCUCUAAUGCAGGAAGUCCAGAAAUACCUGAACAGAGAAGGUUCCAGUGACCUCAGUGGAGCUAAGCUCUCUCCUGAUCAGUGGUCAGCUGUGGCGUUUGUGAUGGUGAAUUCAGAAGAGGAGCUGGAUGAGUUUGAGUUGAAGAAAUUUGAUAAAUCAGAAGAAUGUCUUUUGAGGAUGCUACCAGUGGUGAAAGUAUCCAGGAAGGUUGUGCUGUGUGACUGCAGUAUUACAGAGAAAGGCUGUGCUGCUCUGUUUUCAGCUCUGAAAUCAAACCCCUCCCACAUGAAAGAGCUGAAUCUGAACUACAGUAAACCAGGAGAUUCAGGAGUGAAGCUGCUCUCUGAAAUACUGAUGGAUCCACUCUGUAAACUGGAUAAACUACAGCUGGAAUUCUGCAGUAUUACAGGAGAAGACUGUGCUGCUCUGGUUUCAGCUCUGAAAUCAAACCCCUCCCACCUGAGAGAGCUGAAUCUGAACUACAAUAAACCAGGAGAGUCAGGAGUGAAGCUGCUCACUGAUCUACUGAAGGAUUCUCACUUUAAACUGGAGAAACUACAGCUGGAAUUCUGCAGUAUUACAGGAGAAGACUGUGCUGCUCUGGUUUCAGCUCUGAAAUCAAACCCCUCCCACCUGAGAGAGCUGAAUCUGAACUACAAUAAACCAGGAGAGUCAGGAGUGAAGCUGCUCUCUGAUCUACAGAAGGAUCCUCACUAUAAACUGGAGAAACUACAGAUCUGUGAAUCUUCACAAUUACGUGAACUAAAUUUAAACAAGAAAAGAAUAGGAGAUUCAGGAGUGAAGCUGCUCUCUGAUCUACUGGAGGAUCCUCACUGUAACCUGGAGAAACUACAGCUGUGGGACUGUAAUCUAUCAGAUAAAAGCUGUGCAGAUCUGGCCUCAGUUCUCAGCUCAAACUCCUCAACUCUGAGAGAACUGAACCUGAAUAAUAAUAAUCUGCAGGAUUCAGGAGUGAAGCGGCUCUCUGCUGGACUGAAGAAUCCACACUGUAAACUGGAGACACUGAAGCUGGCUGGGUGUAAUCUAUCAGAGAAAAGCUGUGCAGAUCUGGCCUCAGCUCUCAGCUCAAACUCCUCAACUCUGAGAGAACUGUACCUGAGUGAUAAUGAACUGCAGGAUUCAGGAGUGAAGCUGCUCUCUGCUGGACUGAAGAAUCCACACUGUAAACUGGAGAAACUGUGGCUGAUGAGCUGCAGUAUUACAGAAGAAGGCUGUGCUGCUUUAGCUUCAGCUCUGAAAUCAAACCCCUCACACCUGAGAGAGCUGGAUCUGAGAUGCAAUAAUCCAGGAGAGUCAGGAAAGAAGCUGCUCUCUGAUCUACAGAAGGAUCCUCACUUUAAACUGGAGACACUAUACAUCUAAAGACCUGACCUGCUCUCUUCAUCACUUCCUGUUUACCAGUGAUCAUGGAUAUCUAUACUUUACUGCAGUCAUUAUUUCUCAGAGGACUUUUUAUUUCUACUCCAUUUUCCCACAAUUAUCUCUAACUUACAUUUUAUAACAGCUUAGGUACUCCUCAACUUGUUUUCAUUUCGACUUAUCCAUCAAUAAAACCCCUACCCAGAUAAAUCUCUCCAUCCAGAUAGAGGGAAUCUGUUUGUGUUUUUAUAAGAAGUAUAAACAUAUACCAUUCUGACACCCUGUUGGUUUAUUCUGUGAUCCAUCACACCUUUACACAUCACGCCCACACUCCAGCAACAACAUAGCAGACGUAUGCAGCCUAAUAUGAAGAUCCCUGCAGAGACUCAAAAGAAUUCCAGACAAAACUCCAAACUAAGCUUCUUUAAAAUAUUUACAUUAUACUAAAAUACAUUAAUUUACAAUUGGCAUAUAUGCAGCUGAAACAGGGAGCCUAGUGCAUCCCAAAUUGGUCAACAUUAACAUUUUAAUAUUUUGACAUUAUAGUCAUGUGUUUUUGGAGGGGGGGUGUACUUUAGGACACUGUAGGCGUGGCCUAAGCUUUUGUUCUUAUGGCUUUAUUUUUCCCCUUACAUUACAUUUAUACUUUGAGUAGUUAAAAGCAACUUAUACAGGAGUAUUUAAACCCUAAUAUCUGUACUUUUGAGUAGGAAAGUGGGAGCCUUGUCUGUCAUAAACUGAAUUGUCUUACAUUUUGCCCAGGAUAUUUUGGUUCCAGUAGAUUUUUAAUUCCUGCUUAAAGCUAGAGAGAGGCAGAGUGGCAUUUUACAAACCUCUCUCUCCUUCUUAUGUACACUUACACUGGGUUGUGCUUUCUUACUCUCUGUGCAACAGAUCUCAUACAGAUACUAUAAAAAGAGUCUAGCUUUGUUUCAUAGAUGGUAUUUGCCUUUAUUAUAAUAUGCUAUGUGGGGUGUUGCAUUAUUACUAUAUCUAUUAUCUAGCUGUUAUAAGUAUUUGUUAAAGCUCCAUUGCUGUGUUCAUUAUCCAGCUGUAUAAAUUGUGUAUUAUAGCCAUAUUACUGCAUUCAUUAUCUAGAUGUUAUAAGUAUUUUUUUUGUUCUGACCAAUCUGUGUGACAAACAAAAAAGGUUCACCUUCUGAGAUACAAUGUUUAUUAUUCUAAACUGUAAUUAAAAAUAUAUCAUGCUAACUUAC